CGUGUGCGCGCCGACUAUGCCAUGAGCGGCGCUGCCGCCGCCGCCGCCUCUUACUUAGAGCCGCCAAAAACGCAGGAGAAUCGAGGCGCCGUCGCCGCCGCCGCCGCCGCCCCCUCGCCAUGCACGGGCUGUGCUACUCCCUCUGCUUGGUGGCGGCCGCUGCGGUGGGGCUUUCCAAAGGCAACAGGAAUUGCCCGGACUUGGUGGUUGACAGCUGUCUCUGCACCGCCGAGCGCUCCAAGGGACCCGGCCGGCAAACGCUCCGCAUCAAAGUUGUCUGCAGCGGAGGCGACUUGGCGGAAACUUUGCACCCCUCCUUGCUGCCCAACCGCACCGUCUCCUUAAUUCUGAGUAAUAACAAGAUCUUAUGGCUAAAGAGCAACUCUUUCAUUGGACUGAGAUCCCUAGAGAGACUAGAUUUGAAGAAUAACUUAAUUAGUAGUAUUGAACCAGGAGCCUUCUAUGGACUUUCAGAACUGAAACGUCUGGAUCUUUCCAAUAACAGAAUUGGUUGUUUAACACCUGAAAUAUUUGUGGGUCUUAAAAACCUUCAUAAAUUGAAUUUAUCAGGGAACAUUUUUUCAAGUCUCAUGAAUGGUCUUUUCUCUGAGCUUCUCGCUUUGAAGGCCUUACAUUUCUAUACUGAUUCCCUCAUUUGUGAUUGUAAUCUCAAAUGGAUCUUACACUGGGCUACAAAUUCCUCAGUGCGGAUAUCAGAGGAAACCGUGUGUGCUUUUCCAAGGAGUUUACAAGGAACAUCAUUUCGCAAUCUGAAAGAAAAUCAGUUGAUAUGUGCUGGUCCAUUGGAGUUGCCUCUUUUUGAACUGAUACCAUCACAGAAACAGGUGGUUUUUCAUGGCGACCGCUUGCCAUUUCAGUGUACAGCAACGUAUCUUGACAUUACGACACAAGUGCAUUGGUAUCAUGACGGUCACUUGGUUGAAACUGAUGAGGAAAGAGGCAUGUUUGUGGAGGAGGCCAUAAUACAUGACUGCUGUUUAGUUACACGGGAGCUUAUUUUAUCCAGUAUUGAUAUUGAUGCAACUGGAAUGUGGGAGUGCGUGGUUAGCAACUCCUAUGGAAGCAUUUCUAAGCAGGUGGAAAUUGUUGUACUAGAAACAGCUGCACCUUAUUGUCCUGCUGAGAGAAUAAUUAACAAUAAAGGAGAUUUCAGGUGGCCUAAAACUGUGGCAGGUGUAACCGCUUACCAUUCAUGUUUUCAGCAUUCCUUAAGAUCAGCCUCCUUUCUGAAUGGGGAAGAAGAGUUAAAAGCAUGGCGUAAUUGUAACCGCACAGGUUGGUGGGAUGAAGAAAACUAUUCCAAAUGUCCUUAUUCACAGGAAGUAACUCAAAUCCUUCAUGCCUUCAGUCAGAGGCAUCUAAAUGCUACCAAUGCACUUGAAUUUUCCCAUCAGCUAGCAGCUUUCACAAGAGAUGCUGCCAAAUUUGCAGAUAAAGAGGAUGUUACCUAUUUAGCUUACAUGUUGGAAAAACUAAUUCUAUAUUUGGAAGAAAUCAAAGACCAGCUUGCAGAUGCUGUCAUAGAGAUUGCCAGCAAUAUAAUGCUAGUAGAUGACCAUGUAUUAUGGAUGGCACAGAAGGACAAAAAAGCAUGUGCAAGAAUUGUGCAGUGUGUGGCAAGCAUUUCAAAUCAAAUUCUGAGGAGCAAUGCACAAGUUGUAUCAAAGGUUUCUUUUAACAUUGCUCUGGAAGCAUUUUGGAUCAAGCCAUCCGUUUUCAUGGGCAUGACUUGUAUUGCUUUCCAAAAACUACCUGCUAAUCCAGACAGGUCACUGAGUUCUGACACAAAGAGCAGAGAGACAGUCCAACCCUUGAAUUUUAAGUGCAACCCUGGAAAUCAAAGUACCUCUUUGGUGAAUUUCUCUUCCAUGAAUGCUGUGGCAAUAGCUUCAGUUCAUUUGCCACAGUCUGUCUUCUCCUCAUCUGCAGCCUGGCAAUCUGUUGAUAACUCCUCUUGCAAGCUACAGUUUAUUGCCUUUCGGAAUGGAAAACUCUUUCCCAACACCGCAAACUCGUCUCACAUUGCAGGUUAUGGGAAGCAGAGGGUCAUUGGCACACCCGUAGUCUUCAUUAAAAUAGAUGGGUGCAAUAUCGGAAACCUCACCAGUCCUCUUAUUAUAACGCUGAAGCACUUUACCCAGGGCAUAAACCCUAUUGCAGUCUUUUGGGCUUUUGACCUUCUAGAUGGACAUGGAGGCUGGUGGGGAGAAGGGUGCCACAUAAUUAGCUCUGCAGACAAUAUUACCACUUUUCAUAGUACUCACUUCGGUAACUUUGCAGUGCUAAUGGAUCAGAAGACAGUGUGGCCCCUAUCCCAAUACCCAGGGGAGUUCCUGCACCCUGUGGUUUAUGCAUGUACUGCGGUCAUGUUAUUGUGCCUCUUUGCUUCAAUUAUCACCUAUAUUGUUCAUCACGGCACAAUUCGAAUCAGCAGAAAAGGUUGGCACAUGCUUCUCAACUUCUGUUUCCAUACUGCUCUCACUUUUGCUGUUUUUGCUGGUGGAAUAAAUCGUAUAAAAUAUCCAAUUAUAUGUCAAGCGGUUGGCAUUGUACUGCAUUAUUCUACACUUUCUACAAUGCUCUGGAUUGGUGUGACAGCAAGAAAUAUUUAUAAACAAGUUACAAAAAAGCCUCAAACAGCCCAAAACAGUGAUCAGCCUUCUUAUCCCAAGCAGCCAUUGCUCAGGUUCUAUCUGAUUAGUGGAGGAGUUCCUUUUAUUAUCUGUGGAAUUACUGCAGCAACCAACAUAAAUAAUUAUGGGAUAAAAAGUUACGCUGGAGCUCAGUUUUGUUGGAUGUCAUGGGAGCCAAGUCUUGGUGCAUUUUAUGGACCGCUUGCAUUCAUUGUUCUGGUAACAUGCAUUUACUUCCUCUGCACCUAUGUGCAAUUGAGGCGUCACCCAGAACGCAAGUAUGAAUUAAAGGAAAGGAUAGAAGAUCAGCAGAGAUUGGCAAGUCCUGAACUUGGCCAUAGUCACAUGACAGACAUUGGAUCAGUUUCCCAAGCAACCUGUUCAAUGAUGUCUUCAUCCUUGUUGGAAAAUGAGCACUCCUUCAAGGCUCAACUUCGAGCUGCUGCGUUCACUUUGUUUCUGUUUACUGCCACCUGGACUUUUGGCGCCCUGGCUGUUUCUCAAGGACAUUUCUUGGAUAUGAUAUUUAGUUGCCUAUACGGAGCAUUUUGUGUAACCUUGGGGCUCUUCAUCCUCAUCCAUCACUGUGCAAAGCGAGAUGAUGUGUGGCAUUGCUGGUGGUCCUGUUGCCCUUCUCGGAGGAACACUUACUCGGUGCAGGUUAAUGUCCGUCCAAAAGUUAAUGUCAACGGUGAAAGCCAACCUCAUGCCUCAUGCCUUCAAGAAUCACCAUGCCCAAGUAAAUCUGCCAUUUUUAAUCACCCGGCCAUUAGUCACUGCAAACUCACUAAUCUACAGGCUGUUCAAAACCACGUCAACUGCCUUUCGCCAGUCACUCCGUGCUGUGCAAAAAUGCAUUGUGAUCAGCUCCUGGAAGAUGAAGCUCAUAUUCAUGUCCACAACGAAGGGACUUUCAGACCCAACAUGCACAUUCACAGAUGUUUGAAAAGUAGAACUAAACCACGAUAUUUUAGCCGACAUCGAUCUGCAGGAGAAAGGGAGUAUGCUUACCACAUCCCUUCAAGUAUUGACGGCAGCAUACACAGCUCACAUACAGACAGUCCCCAUAGUACACAUGACAGUCACUCAGGCCACAGGCGGCCAUGUUGUGCAAAAAACAGUCCCUAUCCAACCAUCACUCAGCCUGAAAGUAGUGAUGCAAGUACUGUGAUCUACAGUUGUGCUAAAGUCCCAGAAACUGAGACAGGCCCUCAUUUUGAAAUGCAUCCACGGACACAAUCCUUGCCAUUUAGCACAACCAGCCACAAUGGAAUCCUAAAGGGAAACUUGCAUGAAGCCAUGAUCUAUAGUUCAGAUAGUACAGGAAAUAUCAAAACGGGGCCGUGGAAGAAUGAAACUACUGUGUAGUUGGUAGGCCACAUUUCUCAGCUUGCAGCUCAAAGCAUCUUAGACUGCAAACCUAUACACAGCAAUUUGUGAGUCAGCCCAAUUAAAUUCGGUGGGCUUACUUCUGAGUAGACCUAGGUAGGUUUGUACUGUUGGUCUUUGUUUUUCUUCUAAACCGAAUAAGAUACUACGUGUUGGUGUGGCACAUGAGAUAACUGUAUAGGUUUUCAACCUAUUUUUUUUUUCCUUAAUAAGAAGAGGCUUUUAAAAAGCAGGAGCAGUCUCGAAAUUAUUUUUAAAAGAACGACAGAAUAAUGUUCAAGGGAGAAUGAAAAUGUAAACCUAGGAAGCAGACUGUGAGGUGUUUGUAGUACAGGUAGUCCUUAACUUAUGACCACAAUUGAGAUUGGAAUUUCUGUCAUAUGUUGAGCGGAAGCCAAUUUUACAACAAUUUUUAUGGUGGUCAUUGUGAAUCACUACAAUUGUUAAGCAAAUCACAUUACUAUACAAAUCUAUGUAUAGAUUUGUAUAGUAUCUUUAGUAUCUUUCUCCAAUGGGCCUUUUUAUUUUUUAUGCCUGAAAUCACAUAACAGCAGGAUGUGGCAACUGGUCAUAAAUGUGAGUUAGUUGCCAAGCACUCAGAUGGUGGUCACAUGAUCAUGAGGGUAAUGCAAGAGUGGUAAAUGCAAGUUGCUUUUUCCGGGCCACUAUUAAACAAAAGGUCAUAAUUCAAGGACUACCGGUAUCAUGUAAUGUGGUAUUGUUUUCUUUUUAUUUAUUUUUUAAAUCUGUAUUGGCAUCAGAUACUUUUCUACACAUAUCAGCAUCACAGCCUUUCCUUGGUUAUUUUUUGCAACAAAAACGGUCUUCUAUUAAUUUUUGAAGUCAGCAGAAAAAGAGAGGAUUUUAUAACCAGCCUAACACAGCUUUUUAGGCCUAUAAAAACGAUGCUGUCUCUAAAAGAUCUUCUGUAGCCUAUGGCGUGUAAACCCAUGUAUGUCACUGUUCUGUCUUCUUUCUCUUUGGAAGGGAAACACUAGGUAAAGUCCUACGUUAACAUCUACAGUGCUGUACGGGUUGUAUUAUUUUUCGUUGUUAAGAUUAUUGUUAUUAAUAAUAGUACUUUUAAUUUCUGCAUGACAUCUGUCAGGAUAAUGCCAUUUGUUGUUUUCUAAUGUUGCAUAUGUACAAAGGAAAAAAAAAACCCUAUUGUAAAAGGCUGUGACUAUCCAUGUUGGUAUAAAUCUAGAGCAUUUUGACUCUACGAAAAGAAAAAAAAAAGGAAAAAAACCCUUCUGCACUCCUUUAAGUGGCACAAUCCUUUCUAUGAGGUUAAAAGAUUGCUUUGAUAAGGGUGCACUCUAAUGUCUCUGCAAAGCAUGUCCCAUUGAAUGUGGCACUGUGUAUGUCUCUAGUAGCCGUCUCUCCACCACUUUCACUCUUUGGUCCAUUUGCCUUUGGGAAUUAACCUGCCAGUAGCCCUAUCAUCAUCAGUGCAGGCAAAGUAGUGCUUUCCCAUUAACUCUUUGAGGACUGCAAUUAUUCGCUCAAGAAAUAAAGUAGGACGUCAGCAGCCCGAGCUAAGCACUUUGAAAAUGCAUUGAUGUCAAUGAGAAAGACAAUUGAACCUGAGUACUAGCUUGCAUUUUUUUAAAACACUGAAACCCAAAGUGCUUAACUUUGAUUGGAUUGUUUCCUGACAAUGUUUCCAGAUUGGAGGGAGGACUUAUACGUGCAUUGUUAUGCGAUGAUCGUCAUCAUCACAGCAGUCCAGUCCAAGAGUAGCUAGUAAAAACUUGUGACCAUGACGGCCAUUCUAAGCAAACCCCCGGCCCUCACUGCUAAGGAAAUGCAUAUAUAGGACUUCACUGUAACGAAAUAUCACUUUAAGAGCAGAUGUUUAAAUUAUGCUGUAUUUGGGAUGAAAUCACUUCCUUUGUCACGCCUUUUUAAUCCAUUGCUAAAACAAAAAUGGGAUUGCCUUUAUAUUCCUAUACAUAUUUGACCCUUCACUGAUUUAUUCUGUUCGGAUCUAGUAAUCUCGAGGGCCAAAAUUACUCUCUGUUCAUGAACUUUCAGCAAAAAAAAAGUGUUUUUUUGGUAUUUUUUAGUUGGGGGGGGAGAAAAAUCUAUCUAUGAAUAUCUGAACACAUUGCACUAAUAAACAUGAAUAAGAGAAUUACUGUAUAGUUGCUGUUUAAGAUUUAAAAUAAAAGUACAGUGCAGUUUUAAACCGGUGACUUAAAAUGAAGGGAAUCAUACAACUCAAGGUGUGGUGGGGAGCGGUGAUGAAAAAUAAUCAGUCAUUCCAUGCUUAAAGAAGAAAGCCAGGGAAGGAAUCAAGAUGGUGGCAACCAACCACUCAACUGAAGCCCUGCCUCCUUUUUACAUGCAUUGUAAAAAAGGGGGACCAGCUUUGAUCGCAUAGCUGUGCCCCCCCUCUGGAUUUUUUUUUUUAACCACCUCUUUGCAGAUAUUCUUGAAUCACUCAGUAUUAUGUGGACGUUAGAAGUCAAUUGAUAAAGAUGUCACACAUUCAAUUAACCUUGACAGUUUGUUUCUUGCAGGGAAAAAACCCUUGCUUCAUAUCAAUGGGCUUCUGCUCCUGACAAUCUUAAUAGAGCUCAGUUCAUUAUCUGUAUUAUUAUCAGUACAUUCUAAAUCCAUUUAUGUUCCGUACGACUCUUUUUUCAUCACGCUGUACAUACACAAAUGAUUUUAAGUGGGAAUGCUAUAAAAAUGUGGGUCAGAUGAAUACGUUCUGCAGUCUUUGCAGGUGGGGACGAAGUACUCAAAGGGUUAAUGCUCAGUAUCUGAGUGCAAGGAAUUAACUUUUUCUUUUUGGUAUUUUUAUAAAAUUCAAACACACACACCUAUAUGUGUAUAUAUAUAACUAUAUAUAUUGUAAAUUGUAGCAAAUAAUGUAUUCAUUGUAUGUUUACACACGCUCUUAUGUGUGUCUUUCAAAAGUGAACACAGCAGAAUACACUAAAUGGGUGUUGAGAUAUGAACAGAAUUUCAUCUUUUCAUGAUUGCUUCUUUCAGACGAUAAAAAAUUCCCGAGCUUUAUUAUGUAUCUGCUGUAUAUGCUUGAACUGUCUCAGAAACUAAAAUACAGUAUUUUGCGUUGUGAGUAUAA